AUGGCGCAAAACAAGCCUGAAACCACCGAUGCGCACAGCAAGUCCUUCAACCCCACCGCAGCAUCCACGUCCUUCACCGACUACAAGGAGGAGGCGACGUUCCCCACUGAGCGUCCAUCUGGCAAGAUGCUGAAGAGCACGCGCAACCCGAGGGCGCCGUGGAACGAGUCGUUCGUGAUGGUGGAGCGGCCGAGAUCGCCGACUCCCCCAGUCAUGAUCGAUACCGAGGGGAAUGAAGUUGAGGAGGAAGCGGAGUCUCCAGGCUCCAUCAAGAAGAAAGGGAAGAAGCAAGCCGCCGCCGACAAGACUGUGCGCUUCGCUUCCACGAAUGACGUUCGCCAGCUCCACGAUGGGCCUCAGGGUGAUGCCGGUGACGACGAAAACAAGGAGGAUGGGGUUCUGGCUAGCGAGGGACGCAUGUUCAUCGGUAGAAACGGCGCCUGCGUGGUGUUCAUUCCUGCUGGCUGGAAACCUCCCAAGGACGAUGGUGGCUGGGAUCUCAAGCAGCGGAAGCGGUCCAGCGGCGCAGGCAUCAAAGCCAAGGAUGAGUCGGGAGGUGAAGCAUAG